CUCCUCUGUCUCGGGCUGCUCUUCCAUGGGAAAAUGGCCGUCGCGCGCGGCGUGCAGCGUCAUUCGAGAUGAAGUCUCUGGUGGCGUGCGCGAGGCUCUUUGUUGUACGCGCUCUUCGCUGAACCUCACGUCGGCGCAACUCCCCGGCAUAAGCGCGGAUUGAGAUCCUCAUGUCAUCACUAAAGGAACAACAUGGGCCAUCGACUCUUUUCAUGGGCAGUUCACAUGUGCCUGCUCAGCACUGCUCUAUUCUCAGAAGACCAGGAGCUGAAGUUCCUGGAUGAGCCGAGCUCGGUGUUUGUGGACGCGGAGAGCGAUGGGCUGGCCUCGUUCCGCUGCUCGGCGUCGCCCAAGGCGGCCGAGACCAUGUGGCUGCACGGGGGUCAGCUGCUGCUCGAGGGCUCCCCCGGGGUGCUCAAGCUAUCCCGGCACCGGCUGCAGGUGCGGGUGGCCGCCAACGCCUCGUCGGGCCCCCACCAGCCCUCGCACUCGUACCAGUGCGCCGCCCAGGUCAGGGAGCUACUCAUGCUGAGCAACCCGGCCACCGCCAUCGUCGCAGCAUUGACUCCCUUUGCACCGCAAGAGGAUAUCCACGUCUCCGUCACUGCGGGUAACACUGCCGUGGUCCCCUGCAAGCUGCCUCAUAGCAUCCCACCCGCAGUGUCGGAAUUUAUCUUCACCAACUCAUCUGUAAAUAAGACAACCGGCCGCUAUCACAUCAUGCCCUCUGGAAACCUCCAAAUUCAUUCGAGCACGAUCUGGGACUCUGGUGUUUACGUGUGCACCGCCCACAACCCGCUCAUCAGGAAGAGGGUUACCGCAUCUCACAAGGUGUUCCUCACUGUUCAUGAACCGGCAGCGGAGGAGCCUCCCACGUUCACCUCGGUGCCGCCGCAGCUGGUGAAUGCGGUGACCGGGAGCAAUGUGACCGUGGAGUGUGCAGCCAACGGCAACCCUCCUCCCAACAUCACCUGGAGCAAGGAGGGUGGCCACCUCCCCAGGACUCGGCACAGGGUGGUGCUCGGUAAUCUGGAAAUUGUAAGUGUUCACUUUAGAGACAAUGGUCAGUACAUCUGCAGUGCAAGCAACAGGCUCAAUACCAUUUUUGCCUCCAAGACAAAGCUGGUUGUUCAAGAACUGCCCCACAUUGUCACACCCUUGCAAAACCAGUUUGUGUUGCACGGAGGAGAGUUGAGGCUCCAGUGUUCUGUGCAGGGAAACCCUCUGCCCGUUGUGCACUGGCUGCACAAUGGCAAAAGAGUUCAUCACACAUCUCACAUCACUGUCGAAGAUAACGCCAUUCACGUCAAACGUAUGACAAAGCAUCAGAGCGGCAUCUAUCAGUGUUUUGCCACCAACUUCCUUGGCACUGUGUCGUCUUCAGCUCGGAUCUCAGUUCUGGCACUCAACGAGUCUCGUAUUCUGGACAAGUCUGUUUACGUUGAUGAUGGAGAGGAGAAUGAACAACACAGUAUAAAUGGAGCUGCUGAAAACGCAGGCAAGAAAAAGGAUGGCCACAAAAGAAAAAAAAGCAAAGGAGUGAAGCUGGUCCUUCCCUCCCGGCCCGAGAUCUCUCGUCUGUCGGACGACUCUGUGAUGGUGCGCUGGAGCGUGCCCCACAACGACGGCCUGCCCAUCUCCUUCUUCAAGGUCCAGUUCCGGGACGUGUCCAACCCCCGCUCGCACUGGAGGACCGUCGAGGAGGACGUCCCGCCCCACAUCCACUCGCACGCCGUCCUGGGGCUCAAAGCAGGUGGCAAGUACAGAUUCCGCAUAGUGGCUGUUUACUCCAACAAUGACAACAAGAAUGGACCCAACUCCAUCAAGUUCAUGUUGCACAAGGACCCACCAAAGAGAAAACCCAUCCAGGGCCCCAUCAUCAAGCACGUGAAAGCCGAGAGCCCCUCCGCAAUCACUCUUUUCUGGGAGUACGCAGACGUGGACGCAGUUGAAGUAGAAGGUUUCUACAUCUACUACCGGCUGACCCAGAGUGCAGGGGACUACCUGAAAGUCACGGUGGCCGGUUUCAACACGAGGUCCCACACCGUGACCUACCUGUUGCCAGACACUUCGUACGACAUCAAAAUGCAGUGUUUCAAUGUGGCUGGGGCCAGCGAAUUCUCUAACAUCUGCACUCACAAAACCCUAGCGCUGCCCUCUACCGGGGAAAAGAAGGAGGCGCCUCCACCGGAACUGCCGGAGCCGACGGACAACAGCGACCGGGACGUGCCCUACAUCGUCCUGGGCGUGGUCCUGGCCGUCGUCCUGAUCGUCCUCGCAGUCUCCGUCGUGCUCUGCAUCCUGCGUCGCAGGGACAAAAGGAGGAGCGUGCAGAGUACUACAAGUGAUCACAAUAGCAAUCUACAGCAGAAUGGCCAUAUUGGGAAUGGAGAGUACUUCACUGCACAGAGUAGAAUUGACAUCACAAUCAAUCCACUGGAUUCUAUCGAGCUUUCCGAGCUGUCAAGAGAAAAAUAUGCAGCUGUCAUAGUAACGCAGCUGUCCAAUGGCCAUAGGAUCAGUCCAAGGGAUAUGAGUAAGGUGCCGACGGCGUCAUAGUGAGGGCAGAGGACGUUUAGGAGAAUCUCGUUUGUAUUUAUACACGAAAGAUCAAAGAAGAGCCGUGCAAUUCGUGCUGGACAUAUUUUAUACAAUCUAUUUUAUGAACAUUUUAAUUAAAUAUUUGUACCAUGUG